CCGGGCGCUUCCGCUUCCGGUUCUCUAUCGCGGAAGUUGCCUCCCGGGAGAGCGCGCGGUCUUUGUCCGCUCCCGCCAUGGCGUACCGGGGCCAGGGCCAGAAAGUGCAGAAGGUGAUGGUUCAGCCCAUCAACCUCAUCUUCAGAUACUUGCAAAAUAGAUCUCGGAUUCAGGUGUGGCUUUAUGAGCAAGUAAACAUGCGGAUAGAGGGCUGUAUCAUUGGUUUUGAUGAGUACAUGAACCUUGUAUUAGAUGAUGCCGAAGAGAUUCAUUCUAAAACAAAGUCAAGAAAACAACUGGGUCGGAUCAUGCUAAAAGGAGAUAAUAUUACCCUGCUCCAAAGUGUCUCCAACUAGAAUGAAUGAUAAGUGAAGUGAGAAAUUCUUGAGAAGGCCACGCAGUUUGUUUUUUUAGAUGUCCUUUGUUGGGAAUAUAGUUCUAAAACCCUUGUUCGUAUUGUUUUGAUUACCUUUAUGUUCUUACCAGAGGACAAUAAAUGCUGUGGGAUUGUUUUUAUUUUAAAAUUCA